AUGGGCGCCGAGUGGCAACGCGGCAGGGUCACAGGUCAACAGACGCGACAAAACAAACGGCGACCGCGUCUCAUCCAACGACGCAACAUUGAUUUCUUCUGCUUUUUGAAGCAAAAGAACCGCGACUUUUGGUUUUUUCCCAAAACCAACCCACGGCGACCUCCUGACGACCUGCGACAACUGUUCAAGUUUGUUUGCAGCACCAAAGGCGACCACGGCGAGCUUUUUUUUCUCAUUGCCGCCCACAUCGAACAACAUCACACCGCGGGAAAAUACAUUCGCGUGCUCCUCGAGCCAUUUCCAGCUCUUUUUCAGCUUCGCCCCGGCUCUGCCGCGCCGCAUCUGCGCAGCACUCUCCCAUCUCCUCAGCCGGCAAGCCCUGGCCAUAGGGAACCGACCGCAAUGGCAGACCAAGACCAUGUCGACAUUGACUCCAUAGUCGAUAGACUUCUCGAGGUUCGAGGAAGCCGCCCCGGUAAGCAGGUGCAGCUCCUCGAGUCCGAGAUUCGUUAUCUCUGCACCAAGGCCCGUGAGAUUUUUAUUUCUCAGCCCAUCCUUCUCGAGCUCGAGGCUCCCAUCAAGAUCUGCGGCGAUAUCCACGGCCAGUACUACGAUCUCCUCCGCCUCUUCGAGUACGGCGGCUUCCCCCCGGAGGCCAACUACCUCUUCCUCGGUGACUACGUCGAUCGUGGCAAGCAGUCCCUCGAGACCAUCUGCCUACUCCUCGCCUACAAGAUCCAGUACCCCGAGAACUUCUUCAUUCUCCGCGGCAACCACGAGUGCGCCUCUAUCAACCGCAUCUACGGCUUCUACGACGAGUGCAAGCGCCGCUACAACAUCAAGCUCUGGAAGACCUUUACCGAUUGCUUCAACUGCCUCCCCAUUGCCGCCAUCAUUGACGAGAAGAUCUUUACCAUGCACGGUGGCCUCAGCCCUGACCUCAACUCGAUGGAGCAGAUCCGUCGUGUCAUGCGUCCUACUGACAUUCCCGACUGCGGUCUCCUCUGCGAUCUCCUCUGGUCAGAUCCCGACAAGGACAUUACCGGCUGGAGCGAAAACGAUCGUGGUGUUUCCUUCACCUUUGGCCCCGAUGUCGUGUCGCGCUUCCUUCAGAAGCAUGACAUGGAUCUCAUCUGCCGUGCUCACCAAGUCGUCGAGGAUGGCUACGAGUUCUUUUCCAAGCGCCAGCUCGUCACUCUCUUCUCUGCACCCAACUACUGCGGAGAAUUUGACAAUGCCGGUGCCAUGAUGAGCGUCGACGAGAGCUUGCUCUGCUCCUUCCAGAUUCUCAAGCCUGCCGAAAAGAAGCCAAAUGUUGGCCCGCGUCGUCGCCACGACGCCAUCUGCGCCCCCUCGCACACGGGCAACUCCAUGUUGCCCCUCGCCCGUCUUUUCCUCUGGCUGCCGCCGCAUCCCGAGUCUUGGACGUGUUUGUCGCCCAUGUCUGGAUUCCCAUGUCGCCGCUUUAUGCCAUGA